AUGGGGGCGGGCACUGCCGACGCUUUUCAAACUGGAUUAGGUGUUUUUGGCUCCGUCAACCUUGGCUUUAUUGAGACGGAGUUUCUCAAGGCCCUCCUCGCCUCCUCUCGCUAUGAGCUUGCGAAAAAGAUCUAUGAAGAAUCUGGAGAUAGCUCAUUAGAUCCCACCGUUCUGAAGGAUGCGAUUGUUGCAGCCGCAAUGAAUGCUUUUGACAAUGCGUCUAACCCUAACCGCACCCGGGGGCUCAAGAGAUGUGAUGAGAUGUAA